CGAUAAAAAAGUGCAGUCACAUUUCCGCAAGCGUUGGUAAAAUGAAGCAGCCGCACAUUCGCAAGCGCUGAUAAAAAGUGAAGCUGCACAUCUGCUAGCACCAGUAAAAAGGUGCAGCCGCACAUCUAUUAGCGCUGGUAAAAAGUGCAACUGCACAUCUAUUAAUGCCGGUUAAAAAGUGUAGCUACACAUCUGCAGUCACUGAUAAAAAGGUACAACCGCACAUCUGCAGUCGCUGGUAAAAAGGUACAGCUGCACAUCUGCAGAUGCUAGUAAAAAAGUAUAGCUGCACAUUUGCGAGCGUUGGUAAAAAGGUACAGCCGCACAUUCACAGGGACCAGUAAAAAGGCCGUGCCAUUCUUUUUUUUUUCCAUACAUGAAGACAUUUGGUUUGGCCAUUCUGCAUGCCGGAUCACUCAAAUCUAGUAUGUCCAUUUUAGAGUCGAGUCCGAGCAGUUUUGACCCUAAUUCAAGCCAUUUUUUAGCCGACUUCGAGCCUUUUUUGAGCUGAGUCUGAGCCGUUUUGAGCUGUGUCGAGUUGCUGUCUUGCUAGAAAGAUCUGCUUCCUCCCCGCGCGAGCCGCUUCGACCAGCCUUUUCCAGUCCUUUUUCUGGCUCAUCUGCGCGCAACUACCUCUGAUUUUGCGACUAGGCCUUCUUUGCACCUGAGUACUUUUGAUCAGUCUUUUCUAUCCCUUUUUUGUCUCUUUAGCGCUCAUGUAUCUCUAGUUUCGCGAUCCGGUACAUAUCCGCUUCUUUUGCGUGCGAGUUUUUCCGACCAACCUUUUUUGGUUCUUUUUCAGCUUUUCCACGCGCUUACACCUCAGGUUUGCAACUCAAUUUGCAAGUUGGACAUUUGUGAUAUCUCUGCAUCAACUUGAGAGAAGGUUCAGCACUGGCUGAAUCAGCUUUGUGAAGAACUCAGUGAACGUCUUUGCUUGGACUUCGAACAGAAGAAGCGGAUUGCACAUACCCUUACUCUGCAUGCUAGAGCAUACACUUCUGGGAACUCAUGUUCACAUAAGAAGUUUCCUUCAAAAUCUUGUCCCCUAAGGUACGGGGCAUCCAAGAUUCAAGAGGAUGCGUUCAAUCUAUUUCAAGCUGCACUACGUGAAUAUAUGUGCUCAUAUGGAAUUAACAAUCAAGUAAAUAACAACAAUGCAUGGAGAAUAACAUCUCUCUCUGUUUCAGCCAGCAAAAUUUUUGCCGUACCGGCUGGAACACAUUCAAUUAUGAAAUACUUUCAUGGCCGUACUGCAUCCUGCCCUCCUUCAAGAAAGUUUUUGGAUAAUCUCAUUCAGGAACCUGCACCAUCUUCACCCUCUGAUAUUCAUUCAGGCUAUGGAAGCUACUCAGAGCUGAAAUUAAUGGAUCCACAAAUUGUGCCAUCUGCAGAAGAAACUUGGAUGAAGUAUCCUGUGCCUGUUUUUGAUCAAGGAGAGGCAAAAUUGGAUCAGUUGAAAGACCAGGGUGCAUUUUGCUCUUCAUCAAAUGAUGCACAAGAUCUCUUGGUCCAACAAACAACAUCAUUACUAGCUCAUGAUCUCUUCAUCCAACAAACAACACCGUUAGCACCAUUAGGAAGUGGUAAGUGCUCAGAAUUGAAUAAAAUUACAUCACAUACAGAACGGUCCAAGGAUGAGGUGUGUAUCAAAAAGAGAAAAAAGGAACCGAAAGGAAACACAUUGAAAUACAAUAUUCAAGGAAAGUGUUCAAUUCUGAAGUUCUUUAAGAGAGACAACCAACCUCACACUUCUUUAGAGCAGGGGCAUGUCAAGAUGACACACAAUCUGAAGUCUGCAUUAUCCCAGGUCAGUAGCAGUUCAGAAUCAAAUCACAAUCAGCAGCCAAAUGAAUGUUUUUUCUCUGAUAACCAAGGAAUUGAUGGUAACUGCAGAUUGGAUCAAAAUGAGGAGAGAAGGGAAAGAUGCAGUUAUAAGUUCGAUGAGAUUGACCCCUCUGUCAUUGACGAGUUACCACCUGAAAUCCAACAUGAAAUUCGAGCUUGGCUGCAUCCACAUAAGCUGCCAAAUAAAAAGGGUUCUACCAUUGAUCAUUAUUUCUUGCCAAAGAGAACAUGUAACUAGUUGAUCAAAAUUUUCAUGUACAUAUACUCUGUAUAUAGAUAUGGUCUCAUUUUAGCUUAAAUUUACAGCCUGAGAAUCCAACGAUUAUUUUCCCA